AUGGUUGACAGACCCGAUGGCAUAUUCCUCUUCAGACUUCACAAGGAGCGUGUUUUCUACAUGAGCGAACGGGUAUUGAAGCACUCCGGGCACAUUCCGAAGAAGGAGCUUCUGAGUGCUGGCGUGUGCAUUGGCAAGUUCACCCACAGCCGGAAAUUCCGCCUCCUCAUCACAGCAUUGGACUAUCUCGCAAGACUGGCACAGUACCGUGUUUGGCUGAAGCCUUCGGGUGAACAACAUUUCGUCUAUGGCAACCAUGUCGUGAAGAUACCAUGCACCAAGCAAAGCGAAGCCUCAACGACUCGUUGCUGGCUCGAGCGUUGUGCAAGUGCGUCUGCUUCGUCCACCAUGGCGGAGACCGGCGCUCCUGUGCCGGCUGGAGUAAGUGGAAGUAUCCUCGUCUUCCGCGGAUGGGGAGCAGACAAGCCGGGCAUCUGCCAGGCCUUUUUGGGAAUUGUCGUGGAGCACCAGAGCGAGGUCCUCGACAUGGCCCAGUUCCUUCUCGGGGGUGGCCUCAUGUUCACGUUUGUGCUGAAGGUAGCCGAUCAGAGCUCCAUCGGCUUGAUGAAGUCUCUCACUUCCUGUGCCAAGGAGCAGGGCCUUCAGCUCAACUUUCAUUUCCCGGACGCGGGGCAGGUGCCAGAGGCCGAAGGUGGCAACGAGGCGGUGAUUUCAGUUGUUUCCUCGUCGUCCAUCACUCCAGCGUUGAUGUUUGACAUCGACAAGGUUUUCUGGGGUCACGGCUGUGUGGUGCUCGAAAUCGAGCACCGAAGCGACAACAUGAAGGAGCACAACAGUGAAUACAACAAGGUCCAGAUCCGCAUCCGGUGUCCGGCUGGGCUCAGGCUUGCGACUCUGAUCAUGGGACCUGCAGGAGGUGAGGUUGAAGGCCUGCAAAAGGUGGCUUGGGAGCAUGGCGGAGAAGUAACGGCGCGGUGGUGGGAUGCGAUGAACAGGCCAAACGGGAAGUCGUUGGUGGUCUUCGGCCUUUCGAACGUUCUCUGCCCCGACGAUGUGCUGGAUCUCGUGCUUCGAGAGGCUGGGGUGGACCCUGCGUCGGUGAAGACAGAGUCGGCCCAACCAGGUGCUGUCGAAUCCACCAAGCUAGCCAUGCUCAAAGGCCAAAGUACCCAAUUGGUGCGCAAGGUGAUCGACCACUUGACAUUCACUCCCGGUGCCAAGGUGGUUUGCUCAGCCAUGAAACGACUGGGCUGCCGACUUGCUAUCCUGACUAACACUGGCAUGCGUGAAAUUGCGGAGCAUGUCAAAAGCCAGCUUGGAUUCGACUAUGUGAUUUGCCGCGAUGUGGAGACUGAGGACGGUUGCUUCACGGGCAGGUACCUGGGAGAGCUUUCAGACGUGAAAUUCCGCAAAGCGGACCUGCUAAAGCUCAUGGCAGAGAGGGAAGGCGUGGACUGCCGGAAUGUGAUCACAGUUGGAGAGCCGCUAAAGGGGCUGAAGGCUGCAAAUGCACGGCUCAUGCUGGAAAAUUUCGGACCCAAUGUCUUUUUCAACUCUACGAAGAUGCCAGACCUCACCAUUGUCCUCUACCUUCUGGGCUUCAGCGGCUCUGACGUGAGGGCAUUGAGGAAGCGACGUUGGGACGAUGGCCCUGGGACCCAGGUGACACAUCCAGACUUAGCACGGUCGGCCAUCCCAGCCCUCGACAAGCCUGCCGCAAAAGCCAAGGCGAACUCGUUCCCGGCCUACGACGUCAACCGAAAAGAGUCGAUGGGUAUGGUCGUGGUGCAGACGCGGAAGGCUUCGGGGGGACCAGGGCCCCCGUCGCUCACCCACGUCGUGCAGCUGGCCGUGAUCAAUGAGGAGAUGCAACUGGCUUACCAGAAGGAACGAGCAAAAUUCGCAGCAGAUGUGUCAAAGCUGGAGGGCGAGAUCACCGAGAUCGAAAGUCAGCAGUUGGACGCUUGCAAGCAGAUUCAACAUGCAGCCGACAUGGGGUGGCCGGAGAAGCCCGCCAUCAGUCGCAUCGCUGCGGAGGAAGGCGAAGCAUUGACAACAGUCAUUGCCUUUGGUGGUACCGGCGGCUUCACCGGUUGUCUUGUCCCGCCGUCUCGUACCCGAGACCGCUGCUGUGAAGCGGAUCUGGUGGCCGAGCCCAGCCCCGAAAGUGGCGCAGCCUUCACAGGGCUUCCUUGCAACGGGGCAGCUGCCCCGGUUCCUGUCAACCAUGUUUGCGCCAACUUUAAAGGUUGCCACGGUUCGCUUAGGGCUGUGGAUUUCUCCCUGGACCCCCUUCCCUAG